UGACGCAUGGCGGGAAAUUAGUAACAGACUACACUUCCCGCCAUAUUUUUUUUUAGAGGGUCCGUGUCUCGGCUGAAUUACUGCCAUGCCCGGCCUGCUGGAGAGCUGCUCCCUUCACCUGGGCACCUCGGACCUGUACCAGGCGCUGGGGGUGCGCAAGGAAGCGUCUGAGGCCGAGGUCCGCCGUGGGUACCAUAAGGCGUCCCUCAAAGUGCACCCGGACCGAGUGCCAGAGCCCGACAAGGAGGCAGCUACUGCCAAGUUCCAGGUUCUUGGGAAAGUGUACGCCGUUCUCAGUGACAAGGAGCAACGUACUUUGUAUGAUGAGCAAGGAAUUGUUGAUGACGAAUCGGAAUCGGUCAGCAAAGAUCGUAAUUGGGAAGAGUAUUGGCGACUGCUCUUCAAAAAGCUAACUGUAGAAGAUAUCAAGGCAUUUGAGGAAAAGUAUAAGGAGUCAGAAGAAGAGAAAGCUGAUGUCAUACAGGCGUAUAUGGACUUUGAAGGAGACAUGGAUAGCAUUAUGGAGUCUGUGCUUUGCGUCACACAUGAAGAUGAGCCAAGGAUACGAGAGAUUAUUAAUCAAGCCAUAAAAUCGAAAGAGGUUCCCUCUUAUAAUACUUUUGUUAAGGAGUCAAAAAAGAAACGUGAACAACGUGGUAAAAGGGCACAUGAAGAAGCCAAAGAAGCUGAAGAAAUGAAAAAAGAAUUUGGCCUUGGUGAGGGAGAAGAUGAUCUGAAGGCCCUGAUUCAAAGGCGACAGAAGGAUCGUGAAAAAGAAAUGGACAGUUUCUUAGCUAACAUGGAAGCAAAAUACUGUAACAAUCCUAAAAAAGGAGGGAAAAAAGCUGCUGCUCCAAAGCGAGGGAAGAAGUGAACUUUUGAUGCCUCACUACUGAAUAGACCAUUUUUUUGAACUUGCAGAUUAGUUUUUCUCUUAAGCAGUGAGGGUUUUUUGACUGAACAUUUUCUCCUCUGUAUCUCAACAGAAACACACCCAUUAUAGAGGAAAUAUUUUACAGUUAUUUUCACAUUGUUUGUGAAGCUGGUGAACCGCAAUCCAUAGAAGUACUGUUUAGCUUGAGAUAAAGCGGCUGGAACUUAUUACAGCCCCUGAGAUUACCCGCUCUGAUGCUUGUUCCACUCCAUAAUGUCUGUUGCUGUGCAGUUUGCAGUUGAUUGAGCAGAGUAAACACAAACAUCAGUGUAGACUGUUAAGAGCCAUUGUCAUCACUGUGAUCUACAGAUGGGGCAUCUACACCCCCUAGAAUAUUUGGUGGGACCCUAACAAUCUGUACAUUGGUAUCUGGUAUUUAUUAGGUAUUUCUGUUCCACUUUUGUGGUUAUGGUGUGUUUAUUCUCAAUAUUUGGAGAUGUGAUUGUAAAGAAUUUUAAUUAAUUUCUCAUGCUCUUUGUAACGCUCUUCCCAGUUAACCUGUUGCCCAAGAUUACUAGUCUUGUUUACUUAAUUUUCCAGAAAUUAAACACGAGGAGCAAGAUCUGUGACUAGAUAACCACUGCAUUUGGUAGAAUAUUAAACAAGUUUCAUGCA